GUUCGUGCACGACGACGUGUGGGCGAUCGUGAACAACCCCGACGUGCGGCCCGGCGCCCCGCUCCGCUGGGGCAUCUUCACCAACGACUUCUGGGGCAAGGGCAUGGCCGAGAACACCAGCCACAAGUCCUACCGGCCGCUCUGCGUCCUCACCUUCAAGCUGAAUAUAUUUUUGACUGGCACGGACCCAUUCUACUUCCAUGCGGUGAAUGUGAUUCUGCACUGCCUGGUCAGCCUCGUGCUCAUGUACACCUGUGAUAAGACCGUCUUCAGGAACCGCGGCCUGGCUCUUGUCGCGGCGUUACUUUUUGCUGUGCACCCUGUUCACACUGAGGCGGUGGCUGGGAUCGUUGGCAGAGCUGACGUGUUAGCGUGUCUGCUGUUUCUGUUGGCCUUUCUCUCCUACAAUAGGAGUCUGGGUCAGGGCUGCGUUGGGGAACGCUUCCCUCCCACAGCUUCUCCCUUCUUCCUGCUUCUCAGUUUGGUUCUGGGCACCUGCGCCAUGCUGGUGAAAGAGACGGGCGUCACCGUGUUUGGCGUGUGCUUAGUUUAUGACCUCUUCUCCCUCUCCCACCAGCAAGACAAGUCGAGCAAUGGGGUCAUCCAUCAGUGCGGCCUGCAGCAGCCCGGGAGCCCCCAGCCCGCCUCCCUGCCAGCCCACCCUCACCGCGAGAGCGGGAGGCAGCAGCGGUUCCCUCACAAAGGAGCUUGGGGUGGCUGCCACUCCUCACUGCCACCAGAGCCCAAGAGCAGUGGAUUCCCAGUGUCGCCGCGAGCUGUGUGGUCCUUGAUGAGGUAUCUGACAGCAAGCAGCAAUAGAAAUUUCCUGCUUACCAUGAGACCAUUUUUAAAAAGAGCCGUUUUGGUCAUAAGUUAUGUGACUGUUGUUUUGUACUUCCGUCUGUGGAUAAUGGGAGGAUCUAUGCCCCUCUUUUCAGAGCAAGAUAAUCCAGCUUCAUUUUCGCCUUACAUUCUCACAAGAUUCCUUACCUACUCCUACCUCUUGGCCUUCAACGUGUGGCUUCUGCUUGCACCUGUUACCCUGUGCUACGACUGGCAAGUUGGCAGUAUUCCUCUGGUUGAGACUGUAUGGGAUGUGCGGAACUUAGCCACCAUCUUCCUGGCAGUUGUUAUGGCCUCACUGAGCCUGCACUGCUUAGCAGCCUUUAAGAGACUGGAGCACAACGAGGUCCUCGUGGGCUUGCUGUUCCUGGUGUUCCCGUUCAUCCCAGCCAGCAAUCUCUUCUUCAGGGUGGGCUUUGUGGUGGCGGAGAGAGUCCUGUACAUGCCCAGCAUGGGCUACUGCAUCCUUUUCGUGCAUGGACUGAGCAGGCUCUGCACUUGGCUGAACCGGUGUGGAGCCACCACCCUGAUGGUGUCCACUGUGCUGCUGCUGUUGCUCUUCUCUUGGAAAACUGUGAAGCAGAAUGAAAUUUGGCUGUCGAGAGAGUCCCUGUUCAGGUCUGGAGUUCAAACUCUGCCCCACAACGCCAAGGUUCACUACAACUAUGCCAAUUUUCUGAAGGACCAAGGUCGGAACCGGGAAGCGAUCUACCACUACAGAACAGCCCUCAAGUUGUAUCCACGCCACGCGAGCGCCCUGAACAACCUCGGAACGCUGACAAGAGACACGGCGGAGGCAAAGAUGUACUAUCAGAGGGCUCUCCAGCUGCACCCACAGCAUAACCGGGCUCUUUUUAAUCUGGGGAAUCUCCUUAAGUCCCAGGAGAAAAAAGAAGAAGCCAUCAGCUUACUGAAGGAUUCCAUUAAAUACGGGCCAGAGUUUGCAGAUGCCUAUUCAAGCUUAGCUUCAUUACUGGCCGAGCAGGAGAGAUUUAAGGAAGCAGAAGAAAUAUACCAGGCUGGAAUAAAGAACUGUCCUGACAGCUCAGAUUUACACAACAACUAUGGAGUUUUCUUAGUUGAUUCUGGCUUUCCAGAGAAGGCAGUGACCCAUUACCAACAAGCCAUCAAACUUAGCCCAAGUCAUCAUGUGGCCAUGGUGAACCUGGGGAGACUCUACAGGUCCCUGGGAGAGAACAGCAUGGCUGAAGAAUGGUACAAGCGCGCCCUGCAGGUGGCACGCACAGCUGAGAUCCUGUCGCCUCUGGGAGCACUGUAUUACAACACUGGCCGACAUGAAGAGGCUUUGCAGAUUUACCGGGAAGCCGCCGCGCUCCAGCCUUCUCAGAGGGAGCUUCGCCUGGCCCUGGCCCAGGUUUUAGCCGUGAUGGGUCAGACAAAAGAAGCGGAAAAGAUGACCAACCACAUUGUGUCGGAAGAGAGUGGGUGCCUUGAGUGCUAUCGCCUGUUGUCGGCAAUCUACAGCAAGCAGGAGCACCACGACAAGGCGCUUGAUGCCAUAGACAAGGCUCUCCAGCUGAAACCAAAGGACCCCAAAGUCAUAUCUGAACUUUUUUUCACAAAAGGAAACCAACUGAGAGAGCAGAAUCUUCUUGACAAAGCUUUUGAGAGCUAUAAAGCAGCCAUAGAACUCAAUCCGGAUCAGGCGCAGGCCUGGAUGAACAUGGGUGGCAUCCAGCACAUCCAGGGAAACUAUGUGUCUGCAAGAGCUUAUUAUAAGAAAGCCUUACAGCUGGUUCCAGACAGCAAACUGCUGAAGGAAAAUCUCGCGAAAUUGGAUCGCCUAGAGAAACGAUUACAAGAAGUUCGAGAAAAGGAUCAAACAUAGCACCAUUUGACCCAGUCUCAUGAGAUAAUGUGGGUGCCUCUGACAGAGGAAAAAGUGAUAGAGGCCUUGCUUUCACAUCAGCAGAGGCACAACUAACGACGCUUUCUUCUCAUUCUGAGUUCAGGGGGCGCAUUGUGGGCCACCUGCUGGUCACCCCGUUGCUGAAGGACUUUCUGUGAAAGAAGAUUAAAAGGAUGAGCCUGGGCAAGAAGGUCUGAGAGGGAAGGAAAACAACCACACAUUUUACAGAUUUUCAUUUGGCUUAACUUCAGAUUUCCCUUGAUCUAUUUCUAUGCUUUUGCAACCUGGAUUUCCUUGUUUAGACUUGUAUGUCCCAGAGAUACAGAAGCUUAAAAUGCUCUGAAGGCAGAUCUUCCUUUCUUUAUGGGAUGAGAUAUUUCAAAAGAGGAUAAGUCCUCUGGCGUAAGCCAUAUGGAAAGUAAUACCAAGAAUGGGCCCAUUGAAUUCUCCAGAACCAGAAAUGUGUAUCCAGUGGCUUUUGUAAAACCUUCCAGAAUAUGUGAAGGAAAGCUAUUCUUAAAUGAGCCUUAUCUUAUGUCCUCCUAAAGAUAUUACUAGAGCCCUUUGAGGAAUAAAUAAAAUUCCACUCUGAUGCAUUGGCUAAUAGAUCAAAGGAGAAGCUUUUGGAAUUAUAUGUAGAUAACUUUUAUCCCUAGGGGAAAGUCAAGGAACUUGGUACAGCUAAUUCUUUAUGGAAAUGUUUAAAAUUAUUUUAAUUUUAUCAUAAGUAUUACUGGAGUAGUGAUUCUACUCGAAGACUCCAAAAGUGCAUUUAAAAUCAUACAUGUUUCCUGCCUCCAAAUAUAUUGUUAUUUUGGUGGAGAAAAAAUAGUAUAUUCUACAUAAAAAAAAUUAAAGGUAUUAACUGAGA